AUGAAAUUCGAUAAAACUGCUCGUUCUACCGACUCGACAAGAACCCUUAAAAACGUCUGGAGAGCCGGUAGAUCUAAGCACAGUAGAUUCGAUUCUUCCGAUAUUUUAGACAACGAAUACAAGUACAUCUCGCCGUUCAAUGGAUACAAAGACAGUUACCACAGCUCUCACGAAACCGAAAUUAGGAGAAAGAGUUACAAAACUUCCGCCGAAUCUAAACACGGAAGACAUCAAAAACCUCAUAAUAAAAGUAUGGAAAGCCGACAACAACGAACUCAGCAACUCGUCAACAUCAAUUCCGGCGUCAAAUUCACCAUUCAGCGUAUCGCCAUUCAGUCAGAACAGAUGGAAAACUGUGCAGAUGAUGGAAUGUUGUCAGAUGUGCGGAAGAUGAAAUACAGGAGUGGGAAUGUUGAAGAGGAUUCCGGAUUUUUCGACAACACUCCUGAGCUGUUGCAGCGGCGUCCGGCCCAAAACUCUCAACUGAACUCCAUCAGCGAAUCAAACGAUGAACAAAACCACCACCAUCAUCACAAUCGCCGCGAAUCACCUUUCUCAUCACGUGACAACAUCUCGAAAGCACGAAAUAUGACGUCAUCACUGACGCGAGAUAUGACGUCACCGGUAGCCGACAGUCGCUGCUUCAGCUGCUGCCGCUGCUGUCGACACAACGACGUGAGGGAGAACCCUUACGUGUCUAGCCAUGUCUUGAGGCAGUACCCAUUCUAUCCGCAACUGAUUUCCAGAUCGGACCAUUAUCAGCAUCAGCACCACCACCACCAACAGCAACAACAACAACGUUAUCAACUGUUGCGAAAUCAAACAUCUACCUAUGAAGUGUCAAAUGAUCAUCAUCACCAUGGCGACUCCGACCAUUAUCAUCAUCACUGUCGUCGGCGUCAUCGUUACGGUCAUCAUCACCGUUAUAAUCGUCAAACUGACCGCUGCAACAAAACGAAUUUACUAUCACUGAGCGAGUCUCGCAAUUCUAGCAAACUUGUCAAUCACACCCUGGCCACGCCUUCAACGUUAUCCGCCGACAGUCAAACCAUCUUCAGCUCCUCUUCUCACGACGAACGCACCCACCUCAACCUCAACGCCACAUCUCUUACUGCUGCUACCCCAAUAGCCGCAAGUAGUAAGAGAAACAAAUGCAACAGCAGUAAAUACAGGCAUAGCGAUUCAAAUCAAACAAAACUUCCAGAUAGAGAUGAUGGAGAUAAGGAUAUGAGACAACUUUACAAUGUAUCCCAUCGUCAUCAUCGUCGUCAUCAUAAUUUUCACGCAUCUUCAUCUUCGUCCUCGUCACCAAGGUCAUCUCGUUACGGUUCAAUGAUUCGACGCCAGACAAGGGCUAGGAGGUCAUUUGGGGUAGGCGAAAGUUCAACUGGGUCAACUUUGGGGAAAAAGUUAAAUAACAAAGAUACCACCGAAACAGAGUCACCAAUGACAGAUCUCAAUAGAAAAUCCAACGAAUCCAGCGAGUCAAGAAAAUUCAUUAGACCAGACGUUUGUUACAGCAAUGAUGAGAUGGUUGAACUCGUUAAGAAGAGUUUCCUUGCCAACGGAGUAACUUAUUGUAACAAGUACUGUUAA